CGUCGCAAGAUUGAGAUCAAGUUCAUCCAGGACAAGUCGCGUCGUCACAUCACAUUCUCCAAGCGCAAGGCUGGCAUCAUGAAGAAGGCAUACGAGCUCUCCGUCCUCACCGGCACUCAAGUCCUCCUCCUCGUCGUCUCCGAAACCGGUCUCGUCUAUACCUUCACCACGCCCAAACUCCAGCCACUCGUCACCAAGCCUGAAGGCAAGAACCUCAUUCAGGCCUGCCUCAAUGCUCCC